CACUAGGAGCUAAAGCCCCUCUAGGGGGCGGAGCUCCACGACAUAUAACUUGUAAUUUUUUUCAAUCUUUUUAAAAAGGACCGCUAAAUAUGUGGUUUAAGUUAUUUUAAUUGUACCAAGAGCAUUUCACAACCACCUACACAAAACCCUUUGAUUGGUCAGUUCCCAGCGAUAGGUGCGGGUAAUUUGCAUAAAGUUGGAAUAUCGGAAAUUUUUCUUCGCCUCUCACGGAUCCCGCUCAUCGCACAACAAGCCAAUCGCUCACCACGCUUCCCUUCAUUGAAAUUGAGCCAUCACCCCCAUCGCGAAUAGUGUGAAUGUACCAUAAUACUAUUACUGAGCGGGAAACACUUCAUUUGGUAUUAUUAUUAGCUAGUGAACAGAAUACAUCGUCAUCAAAUACUACACUAGCCACUGCAGCCUAGUAUUUGGCCUGUACUUUCUCCUAUAAAACAAUUUUUAUUAUAAAUUUGGUUUGUUUUUAUUUACCUAAUUAUCCCUUAUUCUUACCUGUGCUCAUCAUAAUAUUGCUAGCCACAUAAGCUAGUUAAUGUAACUUCAUUCGUUGCUAAGAAAACCAUAAACUUUCUCGGAACAGACAAACAAGAACAGCGAAACAAGCAAAAAUGCUAAAACACCUAGUGGACACGGGCCUGUAGGCCGACAGGGUUUACGUUAGCCGGCAAAUGCCGGUAUCAUGUGUAGUUGUGCGGCAGAUGAAAAUAUCAACGCUCAACAUGUCCAGUGGGAAAUAUGCCAAAUGAAUAAAUAAAGAGAUUCAUUAUUAAAAACCUUAAUAUUGUGUGACCUAUAUGAUCAGUGGCCAAGAAAACAACAAGCUUCCGCUUGCUCUUAUGGUUAGGCCCGGCCCCGGCGAAGCAGACAGAAGAAAAAACAAGCAACGGUGCAACAGAGGCCAGCAAGACCACAGAAAAGCGUAGUUACUUGAAAUAGCCUAAUUAUUUGAAAUUGCCUUCCUUACAAAGUGUGUUUCAACGUGUAAUAUGCAAUGGGACAACGUAUAUCCACACACGUUAAUGUGCUGGAAUGUGUUGGAAAUGACAGAAUUCGGCUUAUAAUAUUAGUCAAAAAUGUUGCACUCGCUUGUGUUGUUUCCUUUGAUUCGAUCAGAGGUGAUGAAAAAAAACCUGACUGAAACGUGUCUAUCUAUUAAAUAAUGUUGCGAAAAUAGGCUACAUUAUGGUGCAUUGCAAAACAAUUCUAAAUUAGGUUUAAACAUACUGAAGUUUCAGUAAAUGAUCUGCACCUGUAACUUUCCGCAGAGCAGUCAAACGCUUUGACAUUCUCUGACAAAAUUCACAUAGCAGGCUAUUUGUUGAGACGUUACUAACAUUGGCUUCAAAAUCCCUUUUUUGGAUUUGAAAAGAAUUGACAUCUGGCUCAAAUUAUUUCGAUCAGGUAAUUAUGUAAUAAUUGCAACAGCCUGUAGCCUAUUGCUUAGUUCGAAAAGAUUUUGAAGAGUUCAUUCUGCUGACCAAUUCAAAUAAACAUUUGUUGGAUCAAAGUGUUUGUGUUUUAUUGCAGUUUAAAUGUAGGCUAUUAUACGCUACUUAAAACCUAUGUCCAGUAGCUGUUCUAUAUGGCCGGAAUUCUCAAAUUUUAAGUCUAGUGUAAAGUCUUGAGGUCAAGUAGUCACAGAAAUAAUAACUCCAUUCAUUUUUUACUGACCCCUACUGCUGUAUGUAUAGCUUUCUCCUUUCUGUAAAAAGAGCACCUUUACUUAAACACCCAACCAAAAUAAAUGUAUUUUUUGCAACAUGUGAAUGAAUGGCAAAGGAUUAACAGAAAAUAACUAAAUACAAUGACUACAGGGUGUUGCAAGAGUACAUGUAUUGCAGUGGAAUAGAUGCUUUCAUAUUAAUUUAUGUCACUUAGUACUGAAAAGUGACUGGAAAAAGAUGCUUCACUUUGACAAAAAAACAACAACACUGAAAUAACAAAACAGCUGUGUUAAAAACUAUAAUACUAUGCAAGUCGGGGGCCUAUCCAAAGUUUAAUUAUUUUUACAGGACAUUUCUACAACUAUUUUAAGUGAAAAGCAUGAAUACACUAAACAACUUUCCGCAUUACUGUACAACUGAAACAAAUAAGUGGCAGAAACAAACAAGAGGCUUUUCAAGUAACAUGCAGCAGCAGAGCCACAGGUUUGCCAAGUACCCCCCAUCUCUGCAGUGGCCAUAGUUAGGCCUAGUUGUUGGAUAAAACCUUUGUGAUAACAGCCUUUAGCACUGUCUACAACAAACUACUAAGACUCAAGCCACCCACUGAAUAGGGUCACUAUAUUGUGUGUAGGUUCAAAAGUGAAAUCAAUGAAUGUUUAAAACACACACGGCUCCCUUUGCAUCACUCUGGACAGUUUUGAGUAAAGAACAAGCGGAGUGUAUUUAAUCAGACUUUAGUUUCACAGCUCUCACUUCCUGUUAAGCAAGGCAAGCGAAAGUUCUGUAAACUGCCAGAUUAGGGAUGGGCAGCAUUCUACAGUGGCUGGUUUGAUGGGCUUCACGUACACACUCUAUGGGGAUUGGGACCACUUUCAACAGAGACCCACUAACUAAUCCAGGUCUUUAAAAACUCGGAACAGGUCAUCAGGACACAGCAGAUUUCAGAGGCCAACAGGACACAGUAAUGGAGGCAUAUCUUGCCACAGUGAUUUUUCUGUGGAUGCUACCACUGGGACUGAAUGUCCCUGUGAAAUUUACACCAAACCAACACUCUACCAACUUCAGAAGUAGUGAGCUUACUACACCCUCAGACAAAAACACUGAUGGCCUAAAAGUGACGAAAGAAUCCCUUACCAGUGCAUCAAAUGUAGGACACCAUAGCACUGUAGAUGAAUCGCAGCACACACACAAGAGUGCACAGAACCCAGACCAAGUGUCGACAAAACACACGGUUAGCUGGUCUUCAAUGCACCCACAGAACAUUAGGACAAAGAGGAAAGCUGAAGAAAGACAGGAUCGUCAAGCAACCACAAACAAAGACAACUCCAUCAUGGACAUGACAACAAAAACAGAGGAAACGGCAUUCACUAUUGGUAUCCAGCCUGUUGAUAGGUCAGCUACACUCACCAGCAAGAACCAAGUAAGGUCAACAGCACCAUCUCUAUCUGUCAUUUCUGAGUUGUCCACUAAAACGGCAGCUUCUCCAAAGAAAACCCAGGCACCAAAUCAAACAGCAACGAUCCAAACGAGACCUGCCCUGUCCACCCCUCUGAUGUUGCAGUCCAACAGCUACACAGACAUAACCCAAAACACGCAAAUUGGUGUUGGAUCUGAAACAACAGUCACUGCAGAUGAAUCCCCUUUGAACACCAGUGGGGGAACUCAGCCGUCCAGCGACCCCACCCAAUACCCAGUCACAACCCGGAGAUCAACAAGUUCAAGACCCACUGAUCGAGUUCCGACAGACCGCUCAGAGAUGCCUCGUUACGCCAUUUCAACAGCCACAAUCCAACCUCCCACAACAGCCAUGACAAAUCCUACAACCCACAUGACUUCACAUGCCUCAUCUGAGCCUGCAAAGACCACCACCACUGCCGCAGCAAAGGUUACUGACAGUACUGCAGUCAUCAUUACCAGGGGUCAAUCCACACCCAUGGCCCCCAUUACAAAACAGACUGUUGCCUUCACCACGGCAGGAAAGAGAGCACCGCCUUUGUCACCAAAUGGCACAAAUAGAGGGAACCAUGGCAUGGUGGUAGCUGUACUGAUUGGCGGGGCGCUGGUUUUGAUGAUGGUGGGUAUUGCGGUCAUCUUAGUGAGGAAGCAGCGACAGCGGAAGGUGCAGCUACAGAACACAUCCUGGGCCGGACCGUCCCCGUUUAUGGAUGGUGAAUUCCAGUCUCGCAUGGAUAAUGACCACAGCAGUGCCGUUCACCUGAGGGGCUCCAACCGGGUUUCCUUCUCCGGCUUCCUUUCUCAACGGCUAUCCAAGAGGAUGUCCCUCCUACAGGAGACCGACGACCAAAUUCACAUGGAUGACCUUCCGUUAGGACUUACGUUUGGGAGGGAGUCGGUUUUGGACGACGUUAAACCAAGCAACGGUACCGCUGCUGUGGAUAAAGAAAAGACCCAGACCGAAGAGACACAACCUCUAAGCAGCUCCUCAACUGCUUCUCUCUCAAUAUCUCCAGGGACCAAUGCAACAGAGCCCACUAAUGAACAACCUCCAUAUAGCUCCUCAUCUCCCCCAACAUCAGCGUCUUCAGGGACUACUGCUACAGCACCCACCGAUGAAGUACAGCCUUUGGCUCCCUUACAGGAUGUUGACCUGAAGCCAGAUAAUGCUCACCAUCCCUCUCCUCCUCCACCAAAUUCACCAAAAACAGUUCCUCACUCAUUUCUGGAAGUUGACCUGCCCCCCACCUCAGAGCAGACCAGCCCCCCUCCACCAGAGAACACAGAUCUUCCUUCCCCACCUGACGCGCCUUGAACAAUCACCAAGCAGAUGCCAAAACACAGGAAACCCACUCCUCCCCCUACACACAAUAUAGGAAACCACUUACCAAAAUAGAAACCUGAUGCCUAUCUGAUUCCUAUCAUUUCUUGCACAUCCUCUAUCUAAGCUACCUUGUGAUUAAACAGUGCAUCUUCCACUAGGCUUAUAGACUUUGUUGGAUUGUUAAAACAAAGCCAUUCCAUCUCACUAUUUUGCCCAAUGACUUGGAAGUUGACUACAAACCAGCUUUUAUUUUUUUUUUACAUUAUGUUCAUUGUUCCUUUUGUUUUAUAAAAAGACAACCAAAGGACAACUGAGAAAGCUUUCUCACUGCGGGUUCUCUUCCUAUUAGUUAUUUAUUUAAUGGAACAGUAAGAGCUUUUUCUCCAGACUACUUUUAUGAAAUGAAACACAGUAAUGGAGGGGCCAAAAUAUCAGCGUCAUAUGAUAAUUCCGAGAAUGUGUUUAUGAGGGGCAAUUCAAAAUGUCCAGUCACUGCACAUUUAGCAAGAGUAAGCAUAAAAGAACAAUAAACAAGUGUACACAUGUAAAACCA